CUGUGAUCGUUUUAAGUAGAGUCCUGACCAAACUCCCAAUAGUAUUUACAUCAAGCUUCAAGUCUUCAAUGGAGUUUCCCGGCGCCACCUUCUUGUACAUACCCGUCGGUGUACAACUCCACGAGCGUCUCCCUCACCGGAUUCGACGGUAAAAUAUCUUCUGCAACACGUCCAUCACUUUGUACGUCGGCCAGCAAGUUUGUCCCAUUUCUCCAAGUAUUUUCUGAGAUCUGAUUCCAUAACCAUUCUUUUCGGCCACCAUCUUCUUGCCUUUAAUCAUUAUCUCCUUCAAUUCAACCAAGUAUCUUGACUUUGUGGACUAGAGGUGAGAAGUCCCUGAAAGUGUAGCAGUGUAGUUCCAUGAUUUUGAGCCUCCAGCAUGUAUGUCAAAGCAAGAAGCUUAAGAUCCACAUCUCAUAGUGUUUGCAAGUCUCCAGUCCCGUGCUCUUCACUAGCAAUUGAUCGGUGUCCGCUAUUCCCUCUCCAUCUAUCGGGAUCUCUUUUGCUUUGGGAUAAAAGGUUGGCUUCGAGCUCGGUGCAAUGAAGACAUUAGAUUAGAAUAGAAGAAGGGGAAAGGUGAAAAUGAGUUCCCUCACUCACUCCUUCUUGGUUGGAAUGCUAGAUGUAUCUAUGGAGUCUCUGCAUAUGGUGCGCCAUUUUGACUUACAGGCUACACGACGGACGGAGUUCCAAAAAGAAUCAAAGGAUAAAAUAGGCCCAUGGGUCCUCCAUGCGACCAACCUCGUGGACCAUCUAGAGUUGCCGAUGGAUAGAGCAGAGACAGGGAUGGGUGCCGGGGAGGCCGUAGAGGUCAACCUGGAUAUUUUGGCGGUGAGAAGGGAGGAGCUGGCCAGCCUUCACAAUAGCGGUGGUGGAUUUGGGAGGCCUGGCUUUGGACGUGGUGCCAGAGGCUUUGGUGCUGGUGCACUCCCAAGCUAAAACAUUUUGUUUGUGUUUUUAUGUAUUUUCUACAUUUCAAUUUUCUGGUCUUUUAUAUCACAGUAAUACAUAAGUUCAUUUCUAACACCAAAAAUAUAUAUUUAUAUGUAUAUAUGUACGAAUCAGGUCAUAUGGAAUUGGAAUGAAGGAAUGAUGCUAAAAAAGUUUUGAUAUGUAUGAAUCAGGUUAUAUUACUUUUAGGAA